AUGGCUGUUGCAACGACGAACAGCGAGGUCGCGGCUCCUACUGAGAAAAAGGUCGUCAAGAAGAUCAUCCGCAGGAAGAGGAGGCCAGCUAGGCCGCAAGUCGACCCGGAUUUCUUUACCAACGAGCCUCCACCGCAGACGGGUACGACCUUUAACAUUUGGUAUAACAAAUGGGCGGGUGGCGACCACGAGGCAUACCAGCAGACGAAAUCGAAGGGCCGCUGCAACGUCGCUCGCGACAGCGGAUACACGAAAGCCGACGGCGUUUCGGGAAGCUAUUUCUGCCUGUUCUUUGCAAGAGGAUUGUGUCCGCGAGGAGCAGACUGCAUGUAUCUACACCGACUCCCCGGCCCGUACGACCUCUCGGCACCGAAUGUCGAUUGCUUCGGUAGAGAUAAAUUCUCCGAUUACAGAGAUGACAUGGGCGGUGUUGGAAGUUUUAUGCGCCAGAACAGAACAAUAUACAUCGGCCGCAUACACGUAACAGACGACAUUGAGGAGAUUGUGGCGCGACACUUUGCUGAAUGGGGCCCGAUUGAACGGAUUCGCGUGUUGAAUUCUCGGGGUGUUGCUUUUGUCACCUAUGUCAACGAAGCAAAUGCGGAAUUCGCCAAGGAAGCCAUGGCGCAUCAAUCUCUUGAUCACGACGAGGUACUGAACGUUAGAUGGGCUACAGCCGACCCUAACCCCAUGGCACGAGCUCGAGAAGCGCGACGAAUCGAAGAACAAGCCGCCGAGGCUAUCCGAAGGGCGCUGCCAGCGGAGUUCAUCGCCGAAAUCGAGGGCAAAGAUCCAGAGGCCAGAAAAAGAAGAAAGCUAGAGAGCAGCUAUGGAUUGGAAGGCUACGAGGCCCCAGACGAAGUCCACUUCGCACAAGGCCCUAACGCAGUCAAUCCGGCUGGAAGACGAGGAUACGAGGUGGAAUAUCAAGAACGGCCUCUGCUUGAAGAUGGAACGGCUGGGGAGACAGAAACAGCAGCACAAGAAGAAGCAAAUCAACAACAACCGGCGCAGAGCGCAGGUGUAUUCUCCAGUAGCACUUUGGCAGCUCUGGGCAGAGCAAAGGUUGCAGUGGCAUCGAAGCCAACGGCGCCUGCAUCUACGGGGCCUCUCGUGGGGUAUGAUAGCGACAGCGAUGAGUAA